GUCUUUACCUGUUGUUCAACUCUCAAAGUUAUAACUUCUAUCACUGUUUCCUUGCUCCUUUCAUUUCCCCCAAAAUUUCUUGAGUUUUUUUCUUCCCACACUGUCCAAAUGACUGCUACCCUUGUACAUUUCCACAGGAUCAUCCUGCCUCUCCUUUUGUGCUUCUCAAAACAAAAGGGCUAAACAACCUUUCCAAACUGGCAGGAGGGUUCCACAGGAGGGAUAAACAUCUCCCUUCUAGGAUGUGUUUCCAAUUUUGGAUUAAUUAUAAGUUGUCACCAAGCAUUUUUGUUGGCCUAUGUCCAAAGUCAUUUCAUAUUUGGACAUCUUAUUACUUUUGACAGGAUACAUCAUGGGUUAAUUGACAUGUUAGUGAAAACUACCAAAUCUAAUGAUGUUUUCUUUCAUUUUUUGAUUGUUAUUCUUAAAUGUAUUUAUUUAUUUUUGAAGAGUAAAUGAAAAUUCAUUAAAAAAAAACGAUAAGUACAAUCCAAAUGGUGACAAGGUGUCACCACUUCACACACAACAAAAUUAACUCUUAAAACUAAUCCAAAUUACAACAGAUGAAUUUCAAGAGCAUUCCAUAAAUUCUCCCCCAACUCAGAUCAAAUUCUGGUAGCACUCAAACCCAAUCCACUACUGAAUCCCAGAAAGUGAUUAAUCCCCCUGACAGCCCCUCAGCAUCCAGCUCCACCCAAUCCCCACUGUUCCUGCCCCAUAUUUCCUGCUUCAAACCAAUGUUAAAAGCUUCCAUCUUUGUUUCUUGUAGCAAAACCACCUGUGGACGAAGUCUCCUGAUCAUGUUUCUCACUGUUGCCCUCCUGUUGAUCUCCCUCAAACCCCACACUUUCCAUCUUAAAACCUUCGUAUUUCCUGCCCUCUUCCAUCACUCCUUGAAACAAAUUAACCUUUGGCCCCUCAUAAAUCCUCCCCCAGAACUUCCUCCUUACCCCCUUCCUCGUCCCACCCUCUGCUCAACCCCUUUCUCUCCUGCCUUCUAAUUUUCUCCUCUCUCUUAUCCUUCUCAAAUUGCUCGAAGGCUCUCCUUGCAAAUUCCUCCCCUUCCCAGAAAAAUAACACUAGUGUAUUGAUUACCACUUUCCUGUAUCUCACUUAUCUUCUCUUCUCCCUCCGUCCGCCUCCCCCCUCCUCCUCUUGACACUCUUCCCUCUCUCCUACCUCGACCCCCUUUCCCUCUUCAAUCCCCGAGUCCCUCCCAACCAGUUCUUUUUUUCCUGUUAAAGACUUUUCCAAAUUUAUCUCCCCUCUGUCAAGUGACGACUUCCUCUUUUUUCCAACAGUCUUCUCUUCUUUCUUCCCUACCAUUUUCUCUGCCCCCACUAAUUCUCUCCCACCAUCUUCGAAGAAGAAACGUUGGGGGUUCUGGAAGUACCUACCUCACCGUCGAGCUAGACAGCUUGGUUUGCAUCCGACCCAAAUUUGCUCCCAACUUCCUUUUCUAAAAGGCACCACCGCACUUAGGCCUUCUUCCACCCUCAAAUCUUUUGAUACUGACAAAUCUUUUGAUACAGAGUCAGUCCCCGUCGCCAGAUGCGGCAGAUUGGACUGCGAAGCCAAAGAGCUCUCCGCUCGACUCUGAGCCUCAAUAUUGACAGCCUAGUUCUGGGUCGCUGCCGUCAGUGCCCCUUUCUCUCUUUCAGGCUGUCCCCUCUCCCAUCGUCUUCUUGCUUGAACAGUUCCUUCAGAGCUUCGUCAUCACUUCUGAACUUUGACAACCUUUUUGUCUCCUUCGAAUCAAGCUAUUGCCCAAACCCAAUCGUCAUCCUGCUGGUUCAGAUUUUCAACCUUCGUCCUUUUCAAUAAGCCCUUUCUUAAUGGCCCAAACCGAAUCAAGCUAUUACCCAAACCCAAUUUUUUUACUCUUAAAUGUAUUUAUUAACUUCUGACAUUUUUUAUAUAAUUUUGUUUUCUUUCUAGUUGUACUCUCAUAAGCCUUUUUAUCUGAUAGUACCGUAAAGAGUAUCAGUUGUAUAAGGGGGGGAAUCACAUAUCUAUUCGCACCUAAGGCUCCGUUUGUUUGGAAUACAAAUGCGGAACCGGUUGGAAUGGUCUUGGAAACAUGGCCUCAACAGAAGCAAUGCGCCUUUUUGUGAAAGUCCUGGAGGAAGAAGAUCCAGGGUGGUAUUCAAGAGUAUCUGAAUUUGUCAUUGAGCCUGUUGUAGAUGUGGAGAUGAAUAAUCCAAAACUAGAAUCAAUCACUCAGAAUGGGGGCUGUUCUCCCGAGCCAAAGAUUAUUUCCACCGAAAAUGGAAGCUCACUGGAGACCCAAGAUAAGGAUGUUGUCCUGGAGGGCCUCGGUUCAGUUGCAGUCUAUGAUCAAUGGGUUGCACCUUCUGUAUCUGGCCAAUGCCCAAAAGCCCGAUAUGAGCAUGGAGCAGCAGUAAUUCAAGAUAAAAUGUAUAUUUUUGGUGGAAACCAUAAUGGUCGUUACCUUAAUGAUCUCCAGGUUUUGGAUUUAAGAAGUUUGACAUGGUCCAAGCUAGAGGUUAAAGCAGGAACUGAAUAUUCAGAAUCAUCAAAUCCAGUAUCAUUGUCUCCAUGUGCUGGUCACUCCUUGAUACAAUGGGAAAAUAAGCUUCUUUCUAUUGCGGGUCAUACAAAGGAUCCUUCUGAGACCGUCACAGUUAAGGUGUUUGAUCUGCAAACUUGCACAUGGUCUACCUUAAAGACUUAUGGGAAACCGCCGGUCUCACGAGGAGGUCAGUCAGUUACCCUUGUUGGAACAACUUUAGUCAUGUUUGGUGGUGAAGAUGCAAAGAGAUCUCUCUUGAAUGAUUUGCAUAUUCUUGACCUUGAGACCAUGACUUGGGAUGAAAUGGACACUGUGGGAGUCCCUCCUUCCCCAAGGUCUGGUCAUGCCGCUGCAGUGCAUGCAGAGCGGUACCUUCUUAUCUUUGGUGGGGGUUCACAUGCCACAUGCUUCAAUGAUUUGCAUGUUCUUGAUUUGAAAAGUAUGGAAUGGUCAAGACCAGCUCCACAAGGUGAAAUACGAACUCCACGGGCUGGACAUGCAGGUGUUACAGUUGGAGAGAACUGGUUCAUUGUUGGUGGGGGUGAUAAUAAGACUGGUGUCUCAGAAACUAUUGUCUUAAACAUGUCCACACUUGUUUGGUCGGUUGUUACCACUGUUCAAGGACGUGUACCUCUUGCUAGUGAGGGCCUGAGUUUGGUUGUCAGCUCCUACAAUGGUGAAGAUGUUCUUGUGUCAUUUGGUGGAUAUAAUGGGCGGUAUAGCAAUGAGAUUCAUGUUCUAAAACCAAGCCACAAAUCAACCUUGCAAUCAAAGAUGAUGGAUAACCCUGUUCCUGACAGUGUUGCUGGCCUCCAUAAUGCCGAAAAUGUUGCCAGAGAUAUGGAGUCUGAGUUUGAAGUUGGUCAAGAAGGAAAAAUACGGGAAAUUGUCAUGGAUAAUGUUGACUCAGAAUCCAUGAACACCAAAAGUGAAGAGAGCAAUAAACGGCUUAUAGCAUCCUUGAGGGCAGAGAAAGAAGAACUAGAAGCAUCACUCGAAAAGGAGCAGUUGCAGUCUCUUCAGUUGAAGCAAGAGUUGGCAGAAGCUGAGACACAAAACACAGAGCUUACCAAGGAACUCCAAUCUGUCCGUGGUCAACUUGCUACAGAGCAGUCGAGGUGUUUUAAACUUGAGGUUGAUGUUGCAGAACUACAGCAGAAGUUACAAACAAUGGAGACCUUACAAAAGGAACUUGAGUUGCUCCAACGGCAAAAGGCUGCUUCUGAGCAGGCUGCCUUGAAUGCGAAGCAGAAGCAGAGCACAGGUGGUGUUUGGGGUUGGCUUGCAGGAACCCCAUCUAGUCAGAAUUCUGAUGAUAUCUGAAGGUUCUAACUUCUAAGAACGUAUAGUAACUUGUAGUUCUUUUUACCAUCGUUCUCCUCUUUUAUUUGCUUCCUUUCCUUUGAUAUCUAUUCUUCCCUACCCACUAAAAAAACCUUGGUUCUUUCUAGUGAUGGCAAUAAAAGAUCAAGUUGUCAAUUUGCCAGCAGGAAGUCCUAGGUGCUUUUCUUUAUCAUAUUUUGUAACUCAGUUAUAGAUGAGGCUCAGUUAGUAUUGUAAUUUAUUUUCAUUCUUGUUCAAGUUGUAUUCUAUUGUAAAGAGCAUUUGAGUGAAAAAACCAAUUUUGAUUCUGGGUACACUGAAAUGAGGAGAUUUAUAUUGACAUUAAA